AACAAUGGACACUAACGGAGGAGGAGGUGGCGCGAAAAGCACUAUCAGAUCUCAAAUCCUCAAUCUGAAAGAGAGAGAUUCAGAUCUCCUAUCAAAACCCCCGUCUUCUUUUCCAGUAAGGAAAAAGAGAAAAUGCAGAAAACGGCACAAUCGUGGUUCACGGGAGGCCCAACCUUCAACGACCAAAAAUCCUCCUCCUCCUCUUCCCCGUCUUUGCUAUCAGAUUGGAACGCUUACGCCGCUUCUCAGGAAUCCGAUUCCUCCGCUCCAGUUUUCGAUCUCGAAGCCGCAGUCCGUACCACCAGCGACAAAGUAUCCGGCACCUUCAACGUAGUUUCGAAAGGAGUCAGGGAUUUACCCGGGAGUUUUCAGUCUUCCACUAUCAAUGUUCCUUCUGGACAAUCUUUCGUGUACUUUGGUAUACUACUUGCUGCUGGAGUGUUCUUUGUCUUUAUUGCAUUCACCAUGUUCCUUCCUGUCAUGGUGUUGGUGCCUCAGAAAUUCGCAAUCUGCUUUACUAUUGGUUGUGCCUUAAUCGUUGCUUCAUUCUUUGCACUCAAAGGCCCUAAGAAUCAGCUUGCCCACAUGAUUUCUAAAGAGAGGCUCCCUUUCACUUUGGGAUUUAUCAGUACCAUGGUAGGAACUGUAUAUGUUUCUAUGGUGCUUCACAGUUACAUCCUUUCUGUGCUCUUCUCCGUGUUACAGGUCCUCGCUCUAUCGUAUUAUGCCAUUUCUUAUUUCCCUGGAGGAUCUACUGGGCUGAAGUUUCUUUCUUCAACUCUUACCGCAUCAAUACUGAGAUGUUUCGGAAGGUGAUACCAGUGCCUGGUUUUUCUCAUAGAUUAUUGUUCCCGUCAUACAUCUAUGGUUUCUUUUAUUUAUUUAUUUAUUUUUAAUUUUUUGGUGUAUGAAACUCUUAUUGAUCAAAAGAACUAGAAAGGGCAGAGCCCACAUAGUUUUUCUAAGAUAGAAAUGUUCCUUGGUGUUAAAUAACAUUCAGAGUAAUGUUUGAAUUUGAAA